AAAACCAUUACCGGAAGAAACCGGAAAUAUUCAAAUAAACAUUGAAAACAAUUUACCAAACCGUACAAGACGAAAAAACAACAAAACAACAAACGUAUAUACAUUAUGAAUUCCAUGUUUUUUAUACUGUGAGGUAUUAUUAAUGGGUGUGUGUCGGUAUUUUCAACAAGGACGAUGCCGAUACGGUGAAAAAUGCCGAUAUGAGCAUCCAACAGGUGGUGUGUCUAGUCCCGGUCAGCAGGUCCAUUUCAGAGACAGUUUUGGAGUGGCCACCAAUCAGCAGCACCAGUACAAGUGGACGGCCGAUCAGGAUGCCCAGCAGACUCAGAGUAACGCAGAGGACGUCAUAAAUGGCCUACCGAAAGAAAUGCAGACCUGGGAACAGUCGAAGAUGUGGCCGUUCUCCUGCGUCGCCCUGGAGAAGGAGAUGCCCAGUCUUCCUGAUUUCUACGACAUAUCUCCAGAGGAGUUGCGUCUACAGGCGUACAGCGCCAUGAAAGACGGCACUUUGCAGGCUUACGUCGCCAAGUUUGCCGAGCUGGUGGUUGACUACAACAACAAGAGACAACAACUCAAACUUCCAUCUCUUGACCUGAAGGAAAAACUUAUUCAGCUUCUUGAACAACAAAGGAAAAAGGAAUCUAGUUCAGUAAUGAAAUCUUCAACAUUUGGAGCAUCCGCAUCGUCACCAUCUUCCUUCGGGACUGGAACCAGUCUCUUUGGAAAACCAGCAGAGUCCUCCUCGACCAAUCAGGGAGCUUUUGGAUCGUCCUCGACCAAUCAGGGAGCUUUUGGAUCGUCCUCGACCAAUCGGGGAGCUUUUGGAUCGUCAUCGACCAAUCAGGGACUCUUCGGUCAGGGGGGUUUUGCCUCGGGCGACUCGUCCACCAGUAUAUUUGGAGGUGGUUCCGGUGGAUUCAGCAUCAGUGAUUCUGCCGACACGACGACAACGGCUGCUGGCCUCUUCGGGAGCCCAACACCGACGAGCACGUUCGGAGCAGGCGCCAGUCCUCUGUCGAGUUUCGGAGGUAGCGCCACAAAAACCAAUCUGUUUGGAGCCGGAGCCGGAGCUUUUGGCGGGGGAACUUUCGGUGGUAGUCCACAGGCCUCACCUGGACCGUCUACUGCGGGGCAGGGAAUCGGUUCACCAGCUUCACCACCUAGUGGCUUGUUUGGAAGGCCAGUUACUACUGCUACUGGCGCUUCGACUCAGGGACAGACAACUCCGCAGAUAGGUGGAAGGAGUUUGUUCGGGGCGGCGGCGGCAACUCCGCAGCAACAAGAUGGUUCUCGUUCGACGGUCUACACGCCGCUGGAUCAGCUGACGGAGGAAGAGAAGUCCGCGCUCCCGCCUUCACGCUUGGCAAAGUGCCAAUGAGGCCUCCGCCCAGAGAAUAUAUCAUGGAUAAUGUGCAGUGAGCCCAACAGCUUCUUAAAGGACCCUGCUCGGUGGCGUGUGCUUUCAGACUUCGAAACUAAAAGAUCGACUAGAAAGAAAACAAGAAAAAUGCUGAACAUAACACUGUGCGAUAAGAACAGUGUUUUCGUCUGCUAAACUAGGGGCUGUUCCCGAACUAAUCACAUGGAGGGUUGAGGCUGUUUGUAAACCACCUGGAAAAUAAACUGUGAUUUAAACCAUGUAUGUUUUAGAGAAAACAGUGCAGCGGGCCCACAAGCCAUAAAACAAGAAGUACAGCGCCUCCUGCCCCCACCUUUCUCUCCAUUCCCCACCUUUCUCUCCAUUCCCCACCUUUCUCUCCAUUCCCCUGUGGUCAAUAGUGGUCACUAGAGCACAUUGAUUUAUUAAUCAUCGGCUAUUGGAUGUCGGACGUAUGGUAAUUUUGACAUACACUCAAGGAAAGUAAACCUGCUACAAUUUUUCAUUAGUAGAAAAGGGAUCUUUCA